AUGGAACACCACGACCCUCUGGAUUGCGAUAGCUCCGAUCACGACGACCAGGACCAAACUAUCAGCAACGAUGCGAAGAGGGAUGAUGCCGCAAGACCAGCAUGCCAGCCAUGCCGGAAGAAGAAAGCGAAAUGCUCGCGCCAGACACCCUGUUCACAGUGUGUCAAGAACGGGUUGAUUUGCAUUUAUGACAAGGAGAAAGGGAAGCCUGGCAUCAAGGCAGGUGCGAUAGAUCGCAUCAAUCGACGCCUAGAUGCGCUUGAGAACAUGUUUCUUGGCCAAGGAGUUCUUUGGCAGCAAGUUUGGGGUCAACUCCACGCUACUGGUAACAGUGUGUCAUCGCCGAUGGCUGAAAGCCUGUUUGAACACACCGAGCAGCUGAAGCAAAGACUGGAUACCGUUGGACGCAAGCGCUGUAUUGAUGAGGACGAGACCAUGAGCCUAACGGACUCGAAUAAGCGCAGACAAACUGCCCAGAGUAUAGACCAUGUCAAAAGGACUACCCUUGACCGCUGCAUACUGAGCCAAGAGUUGCUGCCCCCAGAUCUGAUCGGCUAUUUGGUCGAGCUAUACUUCAGCAAUAUCCAUCCCUGGAUUCCCGUACUCCAUGUUCGUCAGUUCCGACGGCUUCUGCAUCUUCCAGACGAAAGGCACAAAAUUCAUAUCAUCCUGCUUGCAAUCACCUCUGUGUGCGUCCGCUUUUCAGAUGACCCUAGGUUGGGCAAUGCAGAGAGCCGCUCAAAGCUAGCGGAAUCUAGUCGUCAAGCGGUCAUCUUGCAAAGUAUGGAGUCUUUCUCCGUUGAAGGUCUCCAGGCUCUUAUCAUAUGUGCUUUUGAUACGAUAGGUAGCGGACGCGGUCCUUCAGCGUGGUCGAUUGUGGGAAGCAUGGCCAGAACAGUAGAACAACUGCAGCUCAGCACAGAAGACGAGGAUGAAGCCAAUCAACGGAAAGACUCACACGUCUUGGUCAAGCGCAUGGCAUUCUUGCGUCCUUGCCAUGAUUGGAGCGAGGCUGAGGGUCGCCGGCGCGUUUUUUGGACCAUUUUUCUCAUGGAUCGAUUUUGCAGCGUCGCAACUGGAUGGAAUGUUUGCCUUACCAGUGCAGAUGUCAGGAGACGACUACCAUGUGAAGGUGGACUGUGGGAAGAGGGUGAACCGUUGGCUACAUCCACACCAUUCUUCGGUGUCUCUGAUCCGCCGGGAGAUGCGGCGAACACCCUACCUAGCGCACGACAAGAACAUGCCGAUCAAGCAUCCCUUGGAGGUUUCGCGUAUUGUAUCGAGGCCACUGAAAGUCUCAGCCUUGUCACAUCGUUCUUCCUCCAGCAAGAGGUGGACGUUGCCAAACCCCAUGACGUACAGAUGUGGCUAAUGAGAUUCAAACAAUUGGAUCUCCGUCUGAUACAAUGGAAAGUCUUCUUACCAGAACGUUGGAGAGAAGGUUGCGCGCUGAACAGCGACGGGAACAUGGACCCGAACCUGACAUUAGCACAUAUCACGCACAACACGGCAGUGGUACUCUUGCAUCAGGGAAUCGCGUAUCCAUCGCCAGAGUGGGAGUCUUUACCGAUCAGGCUUCCAUCUAGCUCAAGCGCUGAGACGUGCAUGGCAGCCAGUAUCGAGGUAUCCAUCAUUGCGGCUGAAUUCUUGCGCAAUAUGCAGUGUUUGACAAAUCCACAAUUUGCCUUCUGCCUCUUCAUAUGCGGUCGUAUGCUGCUAGCACAUGCAUUUUAUUACAACAUAUCUCUACCACAAGAAUUUGAUAGUCUCAUUGACAGCCUUCAAGUCAUGGCACGCAGGUGGAACGGGGACCACUCAACAGCAAAAAGCAACCUGGCUUCGAAAUUUGCAAUGCGACUCAGCCAUGCUCGUCAGGCGGGACUCCAGACAUUGGACAUACGACAAGCAGCCUACGCAGAAAACCCGACUGGUUUCGCAGAUGGAGCCAUGGAUGCUUCUUCGAGCACAUUUAGAAACGCUCAGAACGCAUCAAGCACCACCCAACAGCGACUAGGGGUCUUUGGGGAAGUGUUACCUGUGGCAGCAGACCCGGGCGAGACGCCGGACAGCAUCACCAUGGCUUUUCCACCUUUACCUGUUGCCUUCCAAGCACAGCCGCUCAGCAGAAACCACACUGCAAUGCCCUCACCGAAUCUAGACCGGGUGAACCAUGUCGACGUCACCCAUUCGAAAUAUGGUAAUCAGAGUAGUGACAUAGUAUUGCCUCCAGGAAUGUCUGUCAACGGCAAUGUACCCCUGGAGGAUCUCACCUCAUUCCUUGACUACUCCUUCCUACCUGACCAGCGAGUCAGCACAUUUUCCCACUCAUUAGGCUGA